UUAAAUUCGUAAAAAUAAGUAACUACACUUUGAUAUAAUUUCCGUGCUCACUCUUAAUUUCAUUUUCUGCUAUAGUUCUCUCUCAUACGAUACGACUGCGUUUUCAGCACCAAAAACCUCUCUCUCAUCUCAACAAUGGUUUUGCUACAAUUAGAUCCGUUUCUCAAUGAACUCACCAGCAUGUUCGAGCGGAGCACUGAAAAGGGUUCUGUUUGGGUUACUCUCAAACGAUCAUCGUUGAAAUCUAAAGUUCAGAAGAAUAAAUUGGCUACUGCUGGUGAACCAAUUGAGUAUAGAUGUCUUAUACGUGCCACUGAUGGGAAAAAGACGAUUUCUACUUCGGUUGGACCAAAGGAUCAUCAACGCUUUCAAGCUUCUUAUGCAACUAUAUUAAAGGCCCAUAUGACUGCUCUGAAGAAGAGAGAAAGGAAGGACAAGAAGAAGUCUGCAGAGAUUGAUAAAAGAGAAGGAACUUCUAAGAGGCCUAAGAAAUCCUGAACUGAUCUGCUUCUGCUGUUUGGUAUUCUGCACAAACUUAGUUUCCAACUGAAGGAUUGGUCGGCUCCACAUACUUUUUUGAGUUGCGGGGGAGGAACCGAAUGGAGGGGAAAAGGCAACAAGGAUACUUAAAAGAUUCUCGCAUUUCAAAGCAAGUAAUGUAAAACUGUUAUUGAAUUGGCAAUUUGUGAAAAUUUUCCUUCAGUUCCUUCGGAGGUUAUAAAUUGAAUCUUUAGGAUAAAUUCUUUUCCCCAAUUGAUAAUUUGCUUGGUUAAACUCAUUGAGUUCAUCUUCUGAUCCCAAA